UUCCCGUGGUGCGUCGUCUCGCGCUCGCCGGGAGCAGUGGGUGGCGAGUGCGCCUGCGCCUGGAGAGGGGCUGAGCGAGGAGGGUCGGUGAUGGCGGCCGCGGGCGGCCCUGAGGCGUCGGGGGGCUCCGAGGCGGCGGCCGGCGCGACGGCGGCGGUGUCGGCUCUGGCCGCGGCCUCCUCCUCCUCGUCGUCGUCGUCCCUCUCCCCGGCGGCGGCGGCCGUGGCCGUGGUGCAGCGCGAGCCGGUGUACAACUGGCAGGCCACGAAGCGGUCUCUGCGGGAGCGCUUCGCCUUCCUCUUCGCCAACGAGCUGCUCAGCGACGUGCGCUUCGUGGUGGGCAAAGGCGGGCCGCGGGGCGGAGGAGGAGGAGGCGGCGGAGGCGCGCCCGGGCCGGGCCAGCAGCGCAUCCCCGCGCACCGCUUCGUCCUGGCCGCCGGCAGCGCCGUCUUCGACGCCAUGUUCAACGGCGGGAUGGCCACCACCUCGGCCGAGAUCGAGCUGCCCGACGUGGAGCCCGCCGCCUUCCUGGCCCUGCUCAGGUUUUUAUACUCAGAUGAAGUUCAAAUUGGCCCUGAAACAGUUAUGACCACUCUCUACACAGCCAAGAAAUAUGCUGUCCCAGCCCUGGAAGCCCAUUGUGUCGAAUUCCUUACGAAGCACCUCCGAGCAGAUAAUGCUUUUAUGCUGCUUACUCAGGCUCGUUUAUUUGAUGAACCACAACUUGCUAGUCUCUGUCUUGACACAAUUGACAAAAGCACCAUGGAUGCCAUCAGUGCAGAAGGCUUCACAGAUAUUGACAUAGACACGCUGUGUGCUGUACUGGAAAGAGACACUCUUAGUAUUCGAGAGAGCAGACUUUUUGGAGCUGUGGUUCGCUGGGCAGAAGCAGAAUGUCAAAGGCAGCAGUUACCCGUCACGUCUACAAAUAAGCAGAAGGUGCUUGGCAAAGCCCUCUCCUUAAUCCGGUUUCCACUGAUGACAAUUGAAGAGUUUGCAGCAGGUCCUGCUCAGUCUGGAAUUUUGUCAGAUCGGGAAGUAGUAAAUCUCUUUCUGCAUUUUACAGUCAACCCUAAACCUAGAGUUGACUAUAUUGACCGGCCGAGAUGCUGUCUUAGAGGAAAGGAGUGCAGCAUCAAUAGAUUCCAGCAAGUGGAGAGUCGCUGGGGUUACAGUGGAACAAGCGACCGGAUCAGGUUCACAGUCAAUAGAAGAAUUUCAAUUGUGGGAUUUGGAUUGUAUGGAUCUAUUCAUGGACCCACUGACUAUCAAGUUAAUAUACAGAUCAUCGAGUAUGAGAAGAAUCAGACACUAGGGCAAAACGACACUGGGUUUAGCUGUGACGGAACGGCCAACACCUUCAGAGUUAUGUUCAAAGAACCUAUAGAGAUUCUGCCUACAGUAUGUUACACUGCAUGUGCGACCCUAAAAGGCCCCGAUUCUCACUACGGCACCAAGGGAUUGAAGAAAGUAAUCCAUGAAUCUCCCACUUCAAACAGAACCUGCUUUUUCUUUUUUAGUUCACCGGGUAACAACAAUGGCACAUCAAUAGAAGAUGGACAAAUACCAGAAAUAAUAUUUUAUACGUAACUUCAGAUAACUAAAUGAGGCAAAAAAAGCCACCUUGAUUGAUUUUAGCAGAAAGGACAAAUGGGAGAUAUGGAAUACUGUGAAGCUAUGUAAAUACUUAAUCUCAAAUGUGUUACGGAACUGAAGUAUUGUACAUGGAAGGUACUAAAACUAGUAUUCACUACUUCCAUUUGACAGUAUGCAGCCAAAUUCUUCUUGAAUUAAAUCUUACCUGUACAUAAGUAUUUAUCUUGAUCACUUUAAAACAUACUCCUAUAACCUGGAAGUUGGAGCAGAGUAUUUGUAUUUUUUUCUGAAAUAAUACUUGUUGUGAUCUCUGUGGAUGGUAUGAUUGCUUUUCUGGACAAUACAGUACUAUUAAACUGAACUUGGCAUUCUUGAAAAUGGAAAAUGAAGUCUCGAAGAAAAACAGCAUUAAUACUUGUACAGAUUGCAUCUGUAAUUGAAUACAAUGUACAUAAACCUAUGCAGUUUUGUUGCAGUGUAUUGGGGGAGAGGGGUGGAUGUUAUGCUGGUUAUGAAGUCACUUUAAAAAUAUAAAGUAAGGAUUUGAAAUCUUGCCUACAUGAUGCUUUAGUUAAAAACAAAUCUUGAACACUUUAAACUUUCAUGUACACAGUUCAUACAUAAACACAGUGUGUAGAAGCAGUAAAUAUGUGAUUAUA